ACUCCCAGAAAGCGUGACGUCAUGCAGAACAUUAUGCAAAUCCUGGAGUCGGUGCAGUUGAAGUGGGAGCUGUUCCAGAGCUGGACGGACUUCUCCAGGCUCCACCUGUCUAACAAACUGGCCAUUUUUGGCAUCGGGUACAACACCCGCUGGAAGGAGGAUAUCCGUUACCACUACGCGGAGAUCAGCUCCCAAGUGCCCCUUGGCAAGCGGCUCCGGGAGUACUUCAACUCGGAAAAACCGGAGGGUCGUGUGAUCAUGACCCGAGUGCAGAAAAUGAACUGGAAGAACGUUUAUUACAAAUUCCUGGAGAUCACCAUCAGCGAGGCCAGGUGCUUGGAGCUGCACAUGGAGAUCGACUGGAUUCCCAUUGCCCACUCCAAACCCAUUGGAGGGAAUGUGGUGCAGUAUUUGUUACCUGGAGGGAUCCCCAAGAGCCCAGGCCUGUAUGCCAUCGGAUACGAGGAAUGCCACGAGAAACCUCCCUCCCCACUGCCCGAGCACCGGGCGCCCGACUCCGGCACUGACACUCCGGGGGAGCUGGAGGUGCCCUCACUGCAGGCCUCGCUCCGGGUGGAUAUGGAAUCCGCACGGAUCAUCUACUGUUACCUCGGCAUCGCCGAGGUCCGGACUCUCCAGCAGUGCCUGUUUUUACACUUCCAGGCAAACACCAAAACCUUCAGCAAGGAUUGGGUCGGGAUCAACGCCUUUUUAUCUCAGAACUGCGUGGUGGAGCCUGGCGUCUCACCCAAAUCCAUCUACAUCAAAUUUGUGGAAGUGGAGAGGGAUUUUCUGUCCGCUGGCUCUCUGGUAGAGUGCCUGGAAAAAGCCAUCGGGUACCCCUUGAAAUUCAACAACUGACUCUCGUCCUUCAUAAGGAUCAGGGCAUUCCGCCCCGUUCUCCAUCUCACUGGGAUCCUGCCCGUCACAGCCGGGCA